AUGUAUUAUCUAAAGAUUACUUUAAUAACGGCCUUAGUGGCUUUGGGAUCAUGUGGACGUCUAGAACCACAAUAUCUACCUCCGAGGCCUGGAGGAGGAGGUAACGCAGGACUGGGAGGAUUGGGAGGUGUCGGAGGAGCUGGAGGUGGCAACGCAGGACUUGGGGGAGGAUCUUUUGGCGGCGGAAGCGGUUUUGGUGGCGGAAGUGGCUUUGGGAGUGGAUCGGCCGGAGCAAACAUACCCAUACUCCGUUACGAGAACGAAAACAAUGGGGAUGGUACUUACAGAUUCAGCUACGAAACCGGUAAUGGCAUCUCAGCCCAAGAAAGUGGUGCUCCCCGAGCUCCCGGCCCAGAAGGUCCCGCUGUGACGGCAGAAGGAGCUUUCUCAUACCGUACCCCAGAUGGUCAGCAAAUCUCUUUGACCUACACAGCUGAUGAAAACGGCUUCCAUCCCGUUGGCGCCCACCUACCCACUCCCCCACCUAUCCCUGAAGCUAUCUUACAGUCACUCGAAUUCAACAGGCGCAAUCCAUCAUCUGAGGGAGCCUACAACGGUGGGUCAGGAAGCGGCAGUUUUGGCGGCUCAGGUGGAAGCGGAUUUGGUUCUGGUGGAAGCGGAUUUGGUGGCGGUUCCGGUUCCGGGAACGGAGGUGCAGGAGGUUACCACUAC